AUGGCUCCGGAGCAGCAGCGGCUCGACCAGAGGAGCUCACCCGGACUCCGCGCUCUGUCCUCGGGAUUAAUGCACCGCAGGGACCCCGGGAGCAGCGGAUCAACUUCCAGACCAACACACGGAGCUCAUGUGAACAGAUCUGCAGCCUGUUUCUGAAGAGUCUCUCAGCUACACACAUUUACAGGUCCAGAGCUGCUCUGUCCCGGUGUCAGGAUGGAGGGGGACUGUCUCAGCUGCAUGAAGUACCUCAUGUUCAUAUUUAACUUCUUUAUUUUUGUGGGAGGCUCCGUGCUCCUGGCCGUGGGAGGCUGGGUGCUCUUUGACCCUCUGGGCUUCAGGGAGCUGGUGGCGUCGAACCCUCUGCUGUUCACGGGGGUGUACCUGCUCCUGGCCCUGGGGAGCCUCCUGUUCCUGCUCGGGUUUCUGGGCUGCUGUGGAUCCAUCCGCGAGAACAAGUGUCUGCUGCUCUUUUUCUUCAUGUUGAUCCUCUUCAUCUUUCUGUCGGAGCUGGCGGCUGCAGUCUUGGCUUUCCUCUUCAGGGAACACAUGACCCGGGAGUUCUUCACUCGGGAGCUGAAGCGUCACUAUCAGGGACACAACAAGUCUGACGUCUUCACCUCCACCUGGAACGCCGUCAUGUCCUCUUUUGAGUGCUGCGGAGUGACCGGACCCCAGGACUUUGACGACAGCCUCUUCAGACUCCUCAACCCCAGCAGCGCCGUCCCAGAGGCGUGCUGUCACAGAGAGGGGGCGCUACAGAGCAGAGAAAUGUGUCUUCUCUGCUGCUUCUUUUAUCGUUUCCAGGGCUGUUACUCGUCACUCGUGGAUUAUUUUGAGACCUACAUUUACUCUGCUGGAGCUUUGGCCAUUAUUGUGCUCACUAUAGAGCUUUUUGCGAUGGUGUUCUCCAUGUGUCUGUUCAGAGGGAUCCAGUGAGGCCCACACUGACAGGAGC